AUGAGUCGCCAUCCUGCACCCGCCACCGCUGUCAAACUAGUUCUAUUAGGUGAAGCAGCUGUUGGUAAAUCAUCGCUUGUUUUGCGAUUUGUUUCGAAUGACUUUCAAGAAAAUAAGGAACCUACAAUUGGUGCCGCCUUCCUAACGCAAAAAUGCACGAUUGGAGAUCGCACCAUCAAAUACGAGAUCUGGGACACUGCCGGACAAGAGAGAUUUGCUUCGUUGGCACCAAUGUACUAUCGAAAUGCUCAGGCAGCUAUAGUUGUUUACGAUAUCACGAAACCCGCAUCUUUUAUCAAGGCAAGACACUGGGUUAAAGAGCUACACGAACAAGCCAACAGGGAUAUCAUAAUAGCAUUGGUGGGUAACAAGUACGAUCUAGUAGAGGACGAACCUGAACUGGAGUCGGCAGCAGAGGGAAACACCGAUCUGUUGCGUAAAGUGAGCAAAGAAGAGGGCCAAGCCUUAGCAGACGAAGAAGGCUUGUUGUUCUUUGAAACAAGUGCCAAAACCUCAUACAAUGUUAAUGACGUGUUUGUCGCCAUUGGUGGUAAAAUACCCGAAACCAAUCUGUCAAGAGGCGCACAGGAAUCCACGAAUGAAGGUGGAAGAAUCGAUUUGAGCACAAACCCCAAUGCCGGUGCAACCAGAUCCACAUGUUGUUGA